AUGGCAAGCCUUUCUGUUCUCAGCUGUGCAAUAUUUUUGUUUCUAAGUUUAUUUUGCACACAGUUUCACUUAGCCUCGGCGGCCUGGCAACAAGCCCAUGCAACUUUCUAUGGGGGAAGUGAUGCUUCUGGUACAAUGGGUGGUGCCUGUGGAUAUGGAAACCUUUACACUGAUGGCUAUGGAAUAAAAACUGCGGCACUGAGCACGGCUUUGUUCAAUGACGGCAAGUCAUGUGGUGGGUGCUAUCAGAUAGUCUGUGAUGCAACAAAGGUCCCUCAAUGGUGUCUCAGGGGUAGAUCUAUUACCAUUACAGCUACCAAUUUCUGUCCACCAAAUUAUAAUCUCCCUAAUGACAAUGGAGGCUGGUGCAAUCCUCCUCGACCACAUUUUGACAUGUCUCAACCUGCUUUCCAGAAUAUUGCCAUGUACAGGGCCGGAAUUGUGCCUAUUCUCUACAGAAAGGUGAGAUGCAACAAAAGUGGAGGCAUCAGAUUUACCAUCAAUGGAAGGAACUACUUUGAGUUGGUGCUUCUAUCAAAUGUUGGGGGAGCUGGAGAUAUCUCUAACGUAUGGAUCAAAGGGUCUAAAUCCAAUAAAUGGCAAGUCAUGACAAGAAAUUGGGGUGCCAAUUGGCAGAGCCUAACUUUUCUAAAUGGUCAGAGCUUGUCCUUCAGAAUCCAAACCAGCGAUGGGAAGACCCGAACAGCACUCAACGUUGUACCCUCAAAUUGGGUGUUUGGGCAAUCCUUCCGAAGCAAUGUUCAAUUCUAA